CAUGGCCCAGUACGACGCACUCGCGACAGACGAUCGCCCACCCUCACGCGGGGAGGGCGUCGGUCUCCGCUCUCCCGAGCCAGACGAGCACGCGUACCCGCCCGCAGCGCACUACAGCGCGCGCGCGAGCCUCGACACCGUCGGGAGCGGGAGCGACAUCGUAUAUCGCGACCAGCUGGACCAAGAUCCGUUCGACGAGAAGAGCGGCGAGGCCCAGCGGUACAGCGCGAGAUACGCCGAGGACGAGGAGCAGGGGUUUACCGUUGAGCCGAGUCGCAUCCGGCCGCGCCGGAAGUCGCGCAGCAUCCUCGCGGUGCUCGUAUUUAUCGUCGUCGGCGCAGCAGCGAUCGGUAUCCUCGCCGGUACAUGGUACUCUGGGCCUGUCACCGUCGCCAAGGCCGGUCACAAGCACAUGACUAUGGACCACCUGUUCAACGGCACCUUCAAUGCCAACUGGGUGCAGCGGAACUGGGUGCAUGAGGCCGAGGACGGGACGUACUCGACCACCGACCCCCGGGGAAACAUCGUGCUCGCGUCCGCGACUGACCCGAACAACACCAGCAUCCUCGUCGAGGCCAAGGACAUCGUCGACCCGCGCUCGGGGAACACGCUGUACUGGCAGAGCUGGAAGCUGUCCGCGGAUAUGAAGUACGUGCUCUUCAGCACCGACUACGUCAAGCAGUGGCGCCACAGCUCGCACAGCAACUUCUGGGUGCACCGUCUGGCGGACCACAAGACGUUUGCGCUGCAUGAGCCCAGCAUCCCGCCCUCAAUUGCGUACGCCGAGUGGUCGCCUGUGUCGCACUCGAUCGCCUAUGUCUCCGGCAACGACCUGUACGUCGUGGCGGCUACUGAGCUGGACCAGGGCGCCGAGAACAUCACCGCCGUCCGCGUCACCGACGACGGGAGCAAGGUCGUUUUCAACGGCGUCCCGGACUGGGUGUAUGAGGAGGAGGUGUUUUCGACCGACAGCGCGCUGUGGUGGUCCCCCGACGCACAUGCCGUCGCGUACCUCCGCUCCAACGAGACCGAGGUCAAGGAGUACACGUACCCGGUGUACAACCCGACCAACGAGGCCGAGACGGUGAACCCGUACACGAGCGAGGUGGUCAUGCGCUACCCGAAGCCGGGGACGCCGCUCCCGCACGUCUCUGUGCACACUUUCGACUUGACACGGUAUUUCAACGCUGCUGCGGCGACGCUGGGCGACAAGCGGCUGGAAGCGGCAAAGCAGACGCUGCACUGGCCCGGGCAGCUGCCGCCAGGCGACGGUAUCGUCGUUGAGGUCUCGUGGGUCGGCAACGAUGCGCUGCUCGUCAAGGAGAUUGACCGCGCUGCCCGGAAUGGCCAGGUGGUUGUGUUCCAGGGCGGGCAGGUCGAGGGUAAGACUGUGCGCAAGCUCGGCAAGGACGGCGAGGAGGGUGACAACGGCUGGAUCGACCACGGCCAAAAUCUUAUCGCGAUCCACGAAACUGGCGGGACCGUGUCGGGAUAUCUUGACAUUGUGCCCAACAAGAAGGGGUGGAACCACAUUGCAUUCUUCCAUCCCGUCGAUGCGACCGAUCCCAUCUGGCUGACCGACGGCGAGUGGGAGGUUACACGGAUCAACGGUGUCAACGAAGAGCAGGGCAUCGUGUUCUUCACGGCUGCCAACCCCUCGAUCGACCGGCACAUCUACAGUGUUGAGCUGCCGGACGCGGCGUCGAUAGCCGACUUCAAGCCAUCAAUCAAGGCGCUCACAGACACCAACAAGCCAGGAUACUACGCCGCCUCGUUCUCCGCACAGGCUGGCUUUUACCUGCUCUCAUACGAGGGCCCACUGGUGCCGUGGCAGCGGCUGAUCGAGGUGCGCGAGGGCGGUAUCGACGAGCUUCUCGAGGACAAUGCGGCGCUGAACGCGACGCUCGCCGAGUUCCAUCGCCCGAUCGUGAACCGUGGCACGCUGAUGAGCGACGGUUUUGAGCUGAACACGGUGGAGAUCCUGCCUCCGAACGUCGACACCUCUGGCCGGAAGAAGUACCCGGUUCUGAUCGAGGUGUACGGCGGGCCGUACUCGCAGAAGGUGUCCAACAUGUUUGGGCGCGACUGGCACCACUUCCUGGCCUGCGAGCAAAAGUAUGUGAUCGUCAAAGUCGACGGGCGCGGCACGGGCUUCAAGGGCCGCGCGUUGCGCAACCCGAUCAUGGACGACCUCGGGCGCCUCGAGGCGCUGGACCAGGCUGCGCUGGCCCGCGACAUCGUCAAGCGCAAGUACAUUGACCGGGAGCGGGUGGGUAUCUGGGGCUGGAGCUACGGUGGGUACACGACGCUCAAGACGCUCGAAGCCAGCCCGGACCUGUUUACCCUCGGCAUGGCCGUCGCGCCGGUCACGGACUGGCGGUACUACGACGCAAUCUACACGGAGCGGUACAUGAACACGCCCGAGGCGAAUCCGGACGGCUACGCCGCGAGCCGCGUGCACAACCUCACGAACUUUGACGGCAAGGACCUGCUGAUUGCGCAUGGGAGCGGCGACGACAAUGUGCACUUUGCGAAUACGGCGAGCUUGGUCGACCGCCUCACGCAGGCGGGCGUGCGCGGAUGGCGCAUGCGCAUGUUCACCGACUCGGACCACGGCAUCCGCACGCGCGGCGCGUACCGCGAGCUGUAUGAGUGGAUGACGGCGUUCUUGCACGAGAAGUGGGACAAGGGGGGCAAGGUCAAGCACUGAGCACGGCGGAGUGGGGAGGUAGAGGGCGUAUUGCCGGCUAGAUCCUAGAUGCAUGUUGUACGGACUGAC